CAGAUGUUUCCGCUUACCAACUGUGCUGAGAGCAAUGCUUACACUCACUCCCUCCCUCACAGUUCAGACACACGGAAACCACUGCAGAGCUGAACUAGAGGUCAACGUAGAAUUCAACUGAAGUGCUCAGCAUGGAUAGUCUUCCUUAUGACUUAAAUUGGUCGUUGGAUUUAGCAACUAGCCCUUUUAAUUCAAAUGAACUCCCACACCAUGACAAUCCUAUGACGUAUGGAGAAUCCUCAGACAUGGGUAACCACAGCUUGCAACUUGCACCCUCAAGAGGAAGGGUUAGGGUCAGCACUGAUUUUGCUGACCAAGGAGAAAUGCAAAUGAAAAUAGACUUUUUCCGAAAACUGGGAUAUUCUUCAGAUGAGAUUCACGGGGCGCUGCAGAGUCUAGGGGUGGAUGCUGAUAUAAACACUGUACUAGGUGAACUUGUGAAACAUGGAGGGAAUCCUUCUCAUGGAGGAAAUCCAGAAAGGGAAACUGUACCUGAGGAAUCUUCAGAGUCAUUAUUAGUUCCACGUGGAGGCCUGGGAACCAAGACUACCACAUCUUCAUCUUCUCCAGAAGACAAAGACGGAAACAAUUUGAGGCCAGUUGUCAUUGAUGGCAGCAAUGUGGCAAUGAGUCAUGGAAAUAAAGAAGUAUUUUCAUGUCGAGGGAUUCUUCUUGCUGUCAACUUCUUCUUGGAAAGAGGGCACCAGGAUAUCACUGUAUUUGUACCAUUGUGGAGAAAGGAGCAACCUAGACCUGAAGUGCCUAUAACAGAUCAACAUAUUCUCACUGAGCUAGAAAAGAAAAAGAUCUUAGUUUUUACACCUUCCCGGAGUGUUGGAGGAAAACGACUAGUGUGCUAUGACGACAGGUUCAUAGUGAAAUUGGCCGUCAAAUGUGAUGGAAUAAUUGUUUCAAAUGAUACUUACAGAGAUUUGCAGAGCGAGAAGCCAGACUGGAAGAAAUUCAUAGAGGAGCGACUGCUGAUGUACUCAUUUGUCAAUGACAUAUUUAUGCCUCCUGAUGAUCCUUUGGGACGACAUGGACCAAAUUUGGAAGACUUCCUCAGGAAAAAACCAUGUGGACCCGAAAAUAAGAAACUACAAUGUCCUUAUGGCAAAAAGUGCACGUAUGGAAUGAAGUGUAAGUUUUAUCAUCCUGAGAGGGCAAACCAGACUCAACGUUCUGUGGCAGAUGAAUUGCGCGAAAAUGCGAGGCUAUCCCCCACUAAAGGCACUGUGUACUCUUCUAUUGAAGACAAAAAGUCAAGAAAACUUUCAUUGGUGGAUACUCCAUCUUUAGAGUCUGACAAAUCCUCCUUUCCAAAACUGCCAGUGGAGAGAACUAACUCUUCACAAAAGUGUAGACCACUGGAUAAGAAUCUAAUUAAGCAAAAUCACAAUUCAGCUCCUGAAUGGUACUCCUCUUCAAGCACAUCUAAAGACUCUCAUCACUAUAUAUCUUCAGAUUCCGGCUUUGAGACAUGGACAAGUGUAUCAAAAAGCUACUGUGAUCCUUCUCAUGAGUCUGUAGAUCAUGGCUUCUGCAGUUGCAGUCAGCAGAGACACUGCUGUUCAGACAUAAAUGACAUGGACAAUACCACCCAUAAACACUACUGCUCCCAAAAAUCCACUUCGCAUGGACAUAAUUCUGCUUCUUAUUUCCCAUAUAACCAGUCAUCACAUUGGUCAUCCCAGUACCCACCUCACCAAAUAUAUAGAAGAGAACUGACUGAUUCAAUUCCCCCUGGUCAUUGUAGCCUCCCUAAUGAUUACAAUGCAUCCUCCACACCCUCACUUGCGUACUGGUCUGAGCCAAACCCGGUCAAUCAUUCGAACAGACAUCAAAGUAGCUACCCUGCGUGCAGGUCAGUUCCACCUCCUAACGAUUUCCGCCAAUGGCCAAGCACUGAACAGUUCACCCCGGAACAAAUAAAUGUGCGCACAAGGCUUUGUGCCAUCUUCCAGCCCUCAUUAGUUGAUGCUGUCAUGAAAAGGUUUCCACAGCUACUGGAUCCCCAAAGAUUAGCAGCUGAAAUACUUCAUUACAGGAUGCAAAAUGGAAUGUGAAAGUAACUAGAUAACUUAUUAUAAACUAUAGUUAGUGCAGGUUGUUCUAUGGCCAGUAUUUACUGGGGUGAAUGCUAUGCGUGUAUGGUAAAUGCAAACUGGUGGUUAGAUUGUAGAACAAGACCAAUUUUAAGGCGGCUUUAAAAGAAGUAGAGUAAGUAGGGACAGAAUCACAGAUGCUGGAAUGUUGGUUUUUGAUGGGUCUUGUAGACCCUCCUACAAAUGUAGCCAUAGCCUAAUUAUUUUCAAAAACCCAAAACACAGGCUGAAUUUCCCUACAAGUGGUUUAAUUCCAUAGUGCACAUCAUAGAUACUGAGGAUAAACGGUUUGAACAUUGACAUGGGCUGUUUAAGAGAAUAAGUGGGGGAUGCCAUUUCCCUUGAAGGAUGUGUACCCAUAGAAUAAUAACAUUAAAAGAUGGAACUGUUGUACA